AGGGCGGGCCCGGGCGGCUGGGAUUGGACUUCCUCCCUCCACUCCGGAACUGUGCACGGGAGCGGCUGGGACUCGGAAACCCCAGAGGCGCCGCCGAGCGGGCGGGCCGGGGCCGGGGCCGGGGCCGGGGCCGGCACCAGCAGAGCUGAGCUGCGCCCGCCCGCCCGCCCGCCGCGCUCCGUGGACUCCGAGCGCCGGGCACCGGCUACCUGCGCUCCGCGUCCACCGCCUCUCCCAGAGCGUUACCGGGUGCGGCUGGCGGCUGGCGGCCGAGGCGAUGUGAACCGGGGCCCGCGGACGCGGCCGCACCGCGGCGAUGUGGCUCAAGCCCGAGGAGGUGCUGCUCAAGAACGCCCUGAAGCUCUGGGUGACUCAGAAGAGCAGCUGCUACUUCAUCCUGCAGCGGCGCCGCGGGCACGGCGAGGGGGGUGGCCGCCUCACGGGUCGCCUGGUAGGUGCUCUGGAUGCAGUGCUGGAUUCCAAUGCACGGGUCGCUCCAUUUCGAAUUCUGCUUCAAGUUCCUGGGUCCCAGGUUUAUUCUCCCAUAGCUUGUGGUGAGUUACUGAGUGGAUCAGACGUUUACUGGGCCAUAGCCACUGGGGCAACAUUAGAGGAAAUAAAUCAGCACUGGGACUGGCUGGAACAAAAUCUCCUCCAUACCUUGUCUGUCUUUGACAAUAAAGAUGAUAUUGCCAGUUUUGUCAAAGGGAAGGUGAAGGCUCUAAUUGCAGAGGAGACCAGCAGCAGGCUUGCUGAGCAGGAGGAAGAGCCCGAGAAGUUCCGGGAGGCCUUGGUCAAAUUUGAGUCUAGGUUCAACUUCCCAGAGGCAGAGAAACUGGUCACCUACUAUUCCUGCUGCUGCUGGAAGGGCAGAGUGCCCCGGCAAGGCUGGCUGUACCUCAGCAUCAACCACCUCAGCUUCUACUCCUUCUUCCUGGGCAAGGAGUUGAAACUUAUUAUUCCUUGGGUUGAUGUGCAGAAGUUAGAAAGAACAUCUAAUGUCUUUCUGACGGAUACCAUCCGAAUCACCACUCAGAAUAAGGAGCGUGACUUCUCCAUGUUCUUCAACCUCAAUGAGGUGUUUAAGAUCAUGGAGCAGCUGGCUGAUGUGACACUCCGAAGGCUGCUGGACAAUGAAAGUUUUGACCUGGACCCAGACCUGCAGGAGCCAAGUCAGAUCACCAAGAGGGACCUUGAAGCCAGGGCACAGAAUGAGUUCUUCCGGGCUUUCUUCAGGCUGCCGAGGCAGGAGAAGCUGCAUGUAGUCGUGGAUUGUUCCCUUUGGACACCGUUCAGUCGCUGUCACACUGUGGGACGGAUGUUCACCUCUGACAGCUACAUCUGUUUCGCCAGCAAGGAAGAUGGCUGUUGCAACGUCAUCCUCCCACUCAGAGAGGUAGUGAGCAUUGAGAAGAUGGAGGACACCAGUCUGCUGCCUAAUCCCAUUAUCAUCAGCAUCCGGAGCAAGAUGGCCUUCCAGUUCAUUGAACUCAAGGAUAGAGAUAACUUGGUAGAAAGCCUGCUCCUGAGGCUGAAGCAGGUGCACGCCAACCACCCUGUUCGUUAUGACACCUCACAUGAUGAGGACAUGACUUCACCUGUGUUUCAUUCAACCGACAUGUGUAGUGACCACAAGUUUGGAGAUCUUGAAAUGGCGCCUUCUCAAAACAGUGAAGAAAGCGACAAGGAGAAGAGCCCACGGCUGCACCCUGAGGCUCUGAUGGCAGCCUUCCAGCAGUCAGGCAGCCAGAGCCCUGCCUCAAGGAUGUCCAGAGAACAGAUAAAAAUAAGCCUGUGGAAUGACCACUUUGUGGAAUAUGGCAGAACUGUGUGUAUGUUUCGUACAGAGAAGAUCCGGAAGCUGGUAGCCAUGGGCAUUCCUGAAUCUUUACGUGGAAAACUCUGGCUCCUUUUUUCAGAUGCUGUGACUGACCUCGCCUCGCAUCCCGGCUACUACGAGAACCUGGUGGAGGAGUCCAUGGGCAGGUGCUGCCUAGUGACAGAGGAGAUCGAGCGAGACCUGCACCGCUCCCUCCCUGAGCACCCUGCCUUCCAAAACGAGACGGGGAUUGCUGCUUUAAGGAGAGUCCUCACAGCCUAUGCCCACCGGAAUCCCAAAAUCGGAUAUUGCCAGUCCAUGAACAUCCUGACCUCUGUUUUGCUGCUGUAUGCCAAAGAGGAAGAAGCCUUCUGGUUAUUGGUUGCCGUGUGUGAGCGAAUGCUGCCCGACUACUUCAAUCACCGAGUGAUCGGGGCCCAAGUGGACCAGUCUGUGUUUGAGGAGCUCAUCAAAGAGCACCUCCCCGAGCUGGCGGAGCACAUGACCGACCUCUCAGCCCUGGCAUCCAUCUCGCUUUCGUGGUUCCUGACUCUGUUCCUCAGCAUUAUGCCUCUGGAGAGUGCAGUGCAUGUGGUCGAUUGCUUCUUCUACGAUGGGAUAAAAGCCAUUUUCCAGCUGGGACUGGCUGUGCUGGAGGCCAACGCUGAGGACCUGUGCAGCAGCAAGGAUGAUGGCCAGGCCUUGAUGGUCCUCAGCAGGUUUCUAGAUCACAUUAAGAACGAAGACAGCCCGGGCCCCCCCAUUGGCAGUCACCAUGCCUUUUUCUCUGACGACCAGGAGCCCCUUCCUGUGACAGACAUUGCUGACCUGAUCCGGGACUCCUAUGAGAAAUUUGGAGACCAGUCUGUGGAAGAGAUUGAGCACCUGCGCUGUAAGCACAGGAUCAGGGUCCUCCAAGGCCACGAAGAUACCACGAAGCAGAAUGUGCUUCGUGUUGUGACCCCAGAAGUCUCAAUUUCUCCUGAAGACCUAGAGGAACUGUAUGAUUUAUUCAAGAGAGAACACAUGAUGAGGUGUUACUGGGAGCAGCCCCAGCCUGCGACUCCACGCCAUGACCCCAGCAGGCCCUACGCAGAGCAGUACCGCAUAGACACCCAGCAGUUUGCACACCUGUUUCAGCUUGUCUCUCCAUGGACCUGUGGCACUCAUACAGAGAUCCUGGCUGAAAGGACCUUCAGGCUCCUGGAUGACAACAUGGACCAUCUUAUCGAAUUCAAAGCACUUGUGAGCUGUCUCGAUAUUAUGUAUAAUGGAGAAAUGAAUGAGAAAAUCAAGCUGUUAUAUAGACUUCAUAUCCCUCCAGCACUCACUGAAAAUGACCGAGACAGCCAGUCACCAUUAAAGAAUCCUCUGCUGUCUACAUCAAGACCCCUGGUUUUGGGGAAGUCAAAUGGUGAUGCAACUGAUUAUCAGAAGCAGCUGAAACAGAUGAUUAAGGAUUUAGCCAAAGAAAAAGAUAAAACUGAGAAAGAGUUGCCCAAAAUGAGCCAGAGAGAAUUUAUCCAGUUCUGUAAAACUUUAUAUAGUAUGUUCCAUGAAGAUCCAGAAGAAAAUGAUUUGUAUCAAGCCAUUGCCACAGUAACCACUCUGCUGCUCCAGAUUGGGGAAGUGGGACAGAGGAGCAGCAGCUCAGGAAGCUGUUCCCAGGAAUAUUCAGAGGAGCUGCAGGCAUCAGCACCUUCUCCUGACCGGGAUGUGGUUUUUGCCGACAAUGUGAAGGGCCCCCAAGACACCCAAGUCUUUCCAGAAGAGGCAGAAGGGGAUUGGACUGUAUCCCUUGAACAUAUUUUAGCAUCACUUCUGACUGAACAAUCAUUAGUCAACUUUUUUGAAAAGCCAUUGGACAUUAAGUCCAAACUUGAAAAUGCCAAGAUCAAUCAGUAUAUCAAAAGUUUUGAAAUGAGUCACCAAUCACAGUCUGAACUCAAACUGAACAACCUGUAGCAAGAAGAUACUAACUAGUCUGCAUACCAAAGUGUGGUCACACUUCAUGAGUCAUCAGCCCAUAAAUUCUGAUUUGUAAUUCCCUUUGAACAUACUGUAUAACAUGGGUGACUACAGAAGCAAUCUGAUAGCCAUACAACUGUGGCCAGGACAUCUGAUGCACCCUCAACUAUUUCUAUUUAUUCUUUGAGAAUUCUGUUGGAUACUGUCAGCCUGCAGGGAAUUAGCAUACCCAUUCUCAUGAUGCCAUACUGGACAUUAUCUGGGGUGCUAGUCUGAUUUCUCAUCUAUCAAAAUAAUCGAGACAAAUGGCAGAACUUCUUCAGUUGGAAUGAUAAUGGGAAAUAAAGAAUCAAGUUCACUUUCAAGAUUGAAGAGCCACUAUCUGUGCAAUUGUAUUUUGGCUUUCUUGCACUAAUUUUGUUUCAAUGCUGGUAAUUGAAACCAUUUUAAUGUAUUUCGUUACGUCCAUGUUGUGUUCAAAACUGUGUACAAACCAUGCUUUCAAUGUUGGCUUCCCAGGUUUUUUAAUAAGACUUUUUACACUGA